AUGCUUUGGUGGUGUUUAUUAUUGCCCUUUUGGGACUUUGCCAAUGCAAAAACCAACGAUGACGAUUUGAUGUCUUUUGUCACCCUCCCCGACGUAAGAGCACUGAAACUCGAUAUCGCCUACUAUGAUCGUGAAUCUGCCAGUCCUGGGUACUGGUUCGUUGCUCCGUAUGGAGUAAUCGAGCCUGAAGCUCCCACAAAACAGUGGAAACCAUGCCAAGUCGGGCCCUAUAUCUACGAUGCCGAUGGCGUGCUCGUCUGGGCGGGUUCCUGCAUGUUCAAUAACCGGAACAUCUUCGACUUUAAGGUGGUGGAUAACAUCGACGACAAGCCGCAUCUGUCGUUUAUCUUGCAGCAUGCAUAUGGGGAUUCCCAAGAUAAGGGAACCGGGUAUAUUCUGGAUCAGCACUAUGAGCCUGAAUAUGCGGUUCAGGUGACCAACGAUUUGUCUGCGUUUAACAUGCACGAGUUUAACGUCCUCCCCGGUGGAAAGACGGCUCUGGCAUGCGCGUACCGAUCUGAGUAUAUCUCCCUCGGGGACCUAGGUCGUCCUGAUGAAUACGGCUGGGUACAGCCUGGUGGUUUCGUGGAAGUUGACACGACCACGGGAAAGGUACUGUUCGAAUGGAGCUCCGUCGGCCACAUCCCGCUCCACGAGUCCGUCAAGGUCAACCCCUGGGAUGCACCGGCACCCCAGCCAGGAUGGGAUUUCCUGCACGUCAACUCGAUCGACAAGAACGAGGACGGCGAUUACCUGCUGUCCGCACGGUUCACCAACACCAUCUACCUCAUCUCCGGCGACGACGGACACAUCAUUUGGCGUCUGGGCGGAAAGUACUCGGACUUCGUGCAGGACUUUACAUUCUCCAAGCAACACCACGCGCACUUUGUACAAUCUGGCUCAAACAACACAGUAAUCUCCUUCCUCAACAACGCCUCCGACGAACUCGACGCAGAGGAAGACAUUUCCGCAGCCCUCUUCGUCGAAAUCGACACCACAACAACACCCAUUAACGCACGCGAAAUCCGCCGCCACAACCGUCCCGACGGUAGUCUCACCCGUCUCCGCGGUAGCGUCCAACAUCUCCCCAACGACAACGUCUUUGUCGGCUGGAGUGAACGCGGGUACAUGAGCGAGCACUCCCCGGAGGGCAAGACGCUCAUGCAGGCUAGCUUCGCCUCAACUCGCUUCUCCAGUUACCGCUCGUACAAGUAUCCCUUUAUCGGACGACCGUCCACACCACCAGACAUGCUGUCUUCAGUCUAUGGAACCAGCGAAGACGACUUCACGACUAUGUUCUACGUCAGCUGGAACGGGGCCACGGACAUCGCGAUGUGGAAUUUCUACGCGCGGUCAGAAGCACACGGUAUCCCUGUGCUGGUGGGAAACACCACAAAGACCGAUUUUGAAACGCUAUACGUCGCCAACGGCUACCUCGACUACAUCACCGCGGAAGCCGUCGACGCGGAUGGCAACGUCCUGGGUACAUCGGAUGUCCACCGCACAGCUACACCGGAGAACUGGCGGCUGUCUGGCUUCCAGGGUGAAUCGAAGCCAAUUGCAGCCGACCCGUCGAUUCUGUACGGACAUCAGAAAGCUGCUGAAGCGGAUGUCGAGGAACCGGUGGACGACGAGGUAUUGGAGGCUGAUAAAGCAGCCAAAGCAAUGGUCCGGGCAUUCGAGAUGAUCAAGGGUGUUGGGGGAUUGUUGAUUUUCAUCUUGGUAACAGGGUCUGGGCUUGGUCUUGUUGUUGGGGUUGUUUGGUAUCUGCGAAGGAGACGUAUGCUGGCAUAUCAUGAGGUUCCUUCGCAGGGCGAGGGUGAGGAGUAA